CUUGAUAUGCUGCAGUUUCAAUCUUUCUAUUUACACAAAGUAGAAGAAUUUCUCAGAAACAGAGGAUCAGAUUAUCAGUGUUGGAUGUGAAGAUGGGACACACUUUGCUCUCUCUACUGGGGUUUUUCUUGCUGAAUUUACUUUACCGUGGACAAGCUCAAGAUGCUGUGCUGACCAUUGAGCCAAACUGGACAACUUUUUUUACCGGAGAGUCUGUUACCUUCAAGUGUGACAUUACAGGAGACAAAGACAGCGACUGGUCUUACUCAAUCCUCAAGGAUGGUCAAGAAUUUCUCUCUUUCGGCCAACAUGAGAGCUUUAAUCUACACCCUCUAGCUUCAGGCUACAGUGGUGAAUACCAAUGCUUUUUUCUGCUCGGGGGAUCAACAAAAAGAAGCAAUAAAAUCUAUCUAACUGUAUCAGACAGACCUAAGCCUGUCCUCACUGUGUCUCCAUCAUGGCCGAGUCCUGGAGCCUCAGUAACUCUGAACUGCAGGGUUGAUCAUCCUUCUGCUGGCUGGAGCUUCUACUGGUAUAAGGCUGUUCCCAAACUGUCAGACAACUCCUACAGCUAUGAGCUGCUACCUGGCAGCAACAAUGGGACUGAACAGGAUCUCUUCAUCAUUGAUGGACAAACACACACGGCAGGAUAUGUGUGCAGAGCAGGAAGAGGAGAUCCAGUGUAUUACAGUUGGUAUAGUGAACAUAAGUUUGUCUGGUCUGGAGGUCAGUAUGUUCUUCAUUUUUCUUUCUUUCUGUAGUUUGUACCACCAUUAGGCCAACCAAUGUCUUUAUCAGAGUUUGUCUGGUCUGGAGGCAUGUUGUUUUGACUUUUCCAUUAUUGCAAAAUGGAAUAAAGUGACUUAUUUUGGGAACUUUUCUUUUACACCAGCAUCAUGUCAUAGUUAAGUUUUCAAAACUAUUCUCUAAAACAGAAUGAUGAUCAAUCAAUUUAUUUAUA